AGGCCCUGGAAGCUGAAGUUUCAGCAAGCACACAACAGACCCCAGCUGCACUUCCAGGAUUUCCCGAGGAAUCGAAACCUUUAGUUCCAGACUCAGAUUUGCUGUCCAGUACCCCUGAAGAGGGUGAUACUGCUUCAGUCCUGCCAGAAAUCCUAGUUCAGCCUACAUUGGGUCCUGAGGAAAGGGGGUCUUCAGUACCUCAGGAGAUGGAAGCUCAGUCUUCAGAGUCAGGUCUGAAAGCGCAGUCUUUACUGCAUCAUCAGCCAAAUGAACUGUCUCCAGUCCAGAAAGAAGCCCAUCUUUCAAAUAUAUCUACUGUCAUCAUCAAACCUGCCUAUCUGCAGAUUACCGAAACUCCAAGAGUCAACAAGCAGGAUGAAAUUUCAACCCAGCCAGAAACCCUAAGUCUAAGUCACACAGGAGAGACCCGUGAAGAGAAUGAACACUCUCUAGCUCAAGAGGUGGCCCAGUCUCAGCCUCUAGAGAGCCCUGAGGGUGAUUCUGCCAUACAGCAGGAGGCAGUGGCUCAAGCUCCAGAGAUCCUUGAGGUGACUGAAUCUUCAAUCCAGCAGGAAUCCCUAGCUCAGCCUCCUGAAUCUUCUAUGGAGUUGGAAGCUCAACCAUUUCUUCAUCCUGCGGAAAAUCUUCCAACUCCAAAUCAGAAUGGAACUUCACACUUAAACUUGCCCCGUGUCACUGCUCAGCAUUUGAGUGUGACAUUUUCCAUUUUUUCAGAGGUUGGUGAUGAGGUUGAAUCUUCUCCAGUGCCACAGGAGGCCCUGGAUCAACCAUCUGAGCCAUCUGAGGAAUCUGUCACUAAUCCACCUCUGCAUCCCGAAGAGUUUAUUACAUCUCCACGUCACAAUGAAUCCCCAAGCUUAAAUUUGACAUAUGUCAGUGCUAAACCUAUUGGUGUGACAUUUUCCAUAUCUACAGAGAUCAGUAAUGAGGAUGAACCUUCAGUCCAGCAGGAGAUGCAGGCUCAAUCUCCUGAGCCAUCUGAGGAAUCCGUCACUCACCCUUUCCCGCAUUCUGAAGAAAAUAUUCCAUCUCCAAGUCACAGUAAAGCUCCACACAUCAACUUGCCCAGUGUCACUUCUAAUCCUAAGGGUGUGACUAUUUCUGAAACUACAGAGGUCAUAAAUGAGGUCAAACCUUCAGUUCAGCAGGAGGCCCAGGCUCAACCUCCAUCCCAAGAGGUCCAGGCUUCAUUUCCAGGCCUCUCUGAGAACAUGGAAUUAUCUGGCUGGCAGAUUGUAUCAUCAACCAUUUCUGAAACACAGAAGUUCCAGAGUGAGAUGGUAGCUCUACAUUUGGGUCAGACUCUAACUCAGCUUUCGCCAGACAAGGAACCUGCUGAGAAAAUGGAAAUUUCUUCACCUGUGCAGGAGACCCUCACUCAGCUUUCAGAGUUACCAACAGAUAUCGUUUUGGCUCAGGCUUCAGAGCAUUUGGAAGGACCACUUUCAGCAUCAACUCGGCAUCCAUCAUCAGUCCGGGUCACGACUCUCACGGCAGAACCAAGUAGGGAGAGCAAAGCUUCUACGACCCUGAAGAAGACUACCGCUCCCACAGAGCACACUGUGACAAAACCAACAGGGAAUGUGCGGACUCAUUCAAUCGCCACUAAGAUUUCAGCUCUACCCAGUCUGGGGGUUUUGAAGACAGUACCUUCUCCAACCACACAAAAGACCACAGGUCAGACUUCUCAUCAAAAUCAACCUUCUACACACCAAUAUAUAACUGUAACUCCGGAACGCACUGUGAAGACUAAACCCUCGACAACCCUGACAAGUACCAGUGCUACAGAACACUCAGAUGUGACACCUAUCACACCAUCUCUGAGUCCUCAUUCAAACCUGAGUGAAGUCACGUAUCCACCUAUAAACAAGGACGUUCCUGUCACUGAAGACAGUUCAGUUACAGCUCCAACCAUGCAAGAGACUGGAGUUCCGUCUUCAAAGGCCCCAAAGAAAGCUGAGGUAACAGUUUCAACAAGUACCACUCUGACAACCCCCACAGAGGGAUUGCUGUCAGAACAGGGUCAGCAUCAACACACAGAUCUGAGUGAACAGACAUCUGUAACUUUGGACGAAACGCCACAACCAGAAACAUCAAGGACAGCUUCCCUGACUCACUCUUCAGCCCUAUCUUCUGGACGAUCUACUUCCGAAAAGGCACAUGUAGAUUUCCCUGAGCAACUGCAACAGAAUGAACACAUGACCUUCAACAUAUGUGAGCUCUGUACCUGCACAGAGGAUACCCUCUCCUGCACCGGUCUCAGUCCAGAGAAGAGGCUCCGUAGAGUGCCUGUGCCAGGGCCCAACAUCAACAGGACCUUCACUAUACUGAAUUUCCAAGGAAACUCUAUUUCUUCCAUUGAUGGAAAUACAUGGAAGGCAUACCCUUGGGUUGAGAAACUAAUCCUCAGUGACAAUUCUUUGACUGAAUUACAUAAGGAUUCAUUUGAAGGCCUGCUAUCCCUCAAGUACUUAGAUUUAUCCUGCAAUAAAAUACAGUUUAUUGAAAGGCGUACAUUUGAAGAACUACCAUAUCUGCAGUAUAUGAAUCUUAGUUGCAAUUUAAUCACCGAACUGAGCUUUGGAACGUUUCAGGCCUGGCAUGGAAUGCAGUUUUUACAUAAGAUAAUUCUCAGUCAUAAUCCUCUAACAACUAUUGAAGAUUCAUAUCUUUUUCAAUUACCAGCAUUAAAAUAUCUAGACAUGGGAGCAACACAAGUGUCGCUUGGACCAGUCCAAAACAUCCUCAUGAUGACUCUUGAAUUGGAAAAACUGAUCUUACCUAGGCAUCUCACCUGCUGCCUCUGCCAAUUUAAGAAUAAAAUAGACUCUGUCUGCAAAGUAGUCAAACUACAUUGUGAAUGUACCAGCAGCACACACUGUGAUGAGGAAUCCAUAAAUAAUAUAGAAGGGGAGUUCAUGGAGACUUUACAGGCCCGAAAAAAGAACACUAGCACCGAACUGACCAUAGAACCGGACAAGGCCUCAUCAGAGAGAGACAGAAUGUCCUUUUUCAUAAAUGAGCAGCUGGACUUCAAUGAUAACGAUAUGAUGAAUAAGCUAAAUUACAUAAUGCCUUUUUUCCAGGAAGGUAACAUAAAAGAUGUUGAAUCAACCUUGUUACCCUUCCUUAAGCUCCUUUUUAAAGAUGUAAAAGACAAAGCAAAUCCUGGGGUUCAUUUGAAGAACAGCACAAUUCCGAUGUCUCUACAGCUUGAAUCCAACAAUUCAACAUACAAUAAGUUGAAAAGUCUCCAUUUUCUGAAAAGCUUGAUAAAUGCAGCAACUCAAGCAAAAGUCCACAAAGCUAGGAAGAGAGAGAAAACUGCCACGCUGGUCCGUUCCAUACUUUUCGGGCCCAAAUUGAACCGUCAGAUCUUUCCGAAGAAAUUGAAAACUGUCUGGCCAAAGAGAAAACACUUAGGGAAGGUGGCAGAGAGGGAGAGGAAACCACUGCAGAUGAGCAGCGUGCUCAAGGACCCCGGGGGCCUCCAGAAAAAAGAGCUUCCCUUGACGGGGAGGCCCAGGAAAUUGGUGGAAAACUCCUUCAAUGAGGAGUCAAACUCCAUCCAGGAGCACAAGGCGGUGUUCUCCAUGCCCCUGGAAGAAUUCUCCAUGGGCAGGCCAUCUGCUGCCACUUCUAAAGUCCCACCCGAGAACCCCAAAGACCUAAGGGAUACUUUCCGAGUUUUAGAAGACGCAGAUGCCAGGGUUCGGAACAUGAAGUUUCCCAGCCCCGUGCUACACAAUAAAAUAAAUUAUAAUUUUCAGAAAUCUUAUUCUCACCUGGGAAGCAGAAGGGCUAAAGCCAGCGCGAAUAGGGACACGAAAGAAUCAGCACCCGAGAGGCCAGUGCGAGUCGCCAAGCGGCCUCCUUUCGCUGCGGUGAAGAGCCUCAUCAAGUCCCCGCCAAGAGAGGAGUCUCUGUCUUGGAGAGAUCAGGACAAACCUUUGCUCCAGUCCUUUCAACCUUCACACUCACAUGCAGGAAAGAAGACUGCAGAAAGCACGCAUGCUGCAAAUGGGGCGAACACCAGAGGCAUCACGCUGCAAGAGAAAACUGUCGGUAGCAAAGGCACCUCCCAUGAGAAGGACGCCCCGAUGGUGGACAACCUCACGCCGACUGUCAAGCAGUCCAGCGAGAUGCAGUGGGAAUAUCACAACGUGGCCACGGACAUCGUCUCUGUUACACAAAAACCAGACCCAGGAGACAAGCUGGAGAUGGAAUACAUCCAGCAGCUGCGGUCCCUUAUCCCCAACAACAACGUGAGGAAGUUCAUUGCUCACUUGAUGCGGACUCUCAAAAUGGACUGCUCUAAGCCCCAGGUGCAGGUGGCGUGUGCCAAGAUCCUCUCUGAAACCGGCCUCCUGAUGAAGCUUCUCAGUGAGCAGGAGGAAGGAAAGGUUCCCAAGCCAGAAUGGGAUACGGACCAGUGGAAGACUGAGAACUACAUUAGUGAGAAUACCGAAGGCCAGAGUGAACAGAAACAGCCAGACGAAAGUGAGCUCACAAAAGAAGUUCCAGGAUAUGGCUAUCAUGAUGGCUAUCAUGAGGCCAAAGCAAUCGUGGUAAUAUUUGUGAUUGUAGUCGUGAUGAUAUUGAUUAUAAUUAUCGGUCUCAUUGAGAUAUAUGGUCAGAGACGAAGAUCUAAAAAUGGAAGAUCCAGGACCUCUGGAAGUUCUCAUAAGAGAAGUUCAGAACGAAAGAGUCAGGAUGGCUUUUUCUGGCGAAGGCGGCCCCUGCGGGUGAAAGACACCAAUCGUUCGCUCAGUGCCACACAUAAAAAAAGCAUGUCACAGAUACGUGACAAGGAUUCCGAGAUCUUCCGCCGUAAUACAGGGGAGCUCAAGGAGGUCGUAGUAGCAAAAACAGAAUUGACUCCUGAGGAGAAAGCAGCCAAGACCAAGGCAGCCAAGAAGACCCAGGGAGCACAGGCACCUCAGCGCCCCCUACUUGGCACCCCGACACCACAGACUCCCCAGUCAAGUCUGUCCAUCAAGGCUCCACAGGCCCCCCAUGCACUCGAGUCCUUCAGAUCCCAGGAGAUCUCGUCAACACAGGAGAUCUCAACUCAGAUUGAGGAACUACAGGACUCCUCAAAGGGAGCCACCGUGUCUGAAUGAACGGCUCCCGCCUCAGACCACCUGGAAAUUUGUCUUUCAUAGUGAAACAUUCCAUGCUCUUAUAAUAAAAUCACGAUGAGCCACA